AUGGUCUCCCAAAUUGAACAACAGCCGGCGAGGGAGGACGUCAACCCUCCAACCACAGCCAGCCCAAGCCCCGUCGAUGGAGACCAAGCCAUUGACGAGUCCUCCGAUGCCGACGGGGACUUUGCCCAACUGCAAAAGACACUCAGUCAGAAGCGACGAGCAGAGAAAGACUCUCCCGAGUCGAGGCUUCAGAAGGCGCUUCCGUUCCCCUUUUUCCCAAACAUCAGACCCCUGACCGUCUCUGACGCACCGUCAUGCGUGCAAUUGGAGAACGCCGCCUUCCCCAACCCUGACCAUAGGGCGUCCCCUGAGAAGUUCGAAUACCGCCUCACCACCUGCCCCGAACUCUCCCUCGGCGUCUUCUGCACCGUCAUCCCCUCCCAGCUUCCCUCCUCCUGCAAGCUCCCCACCCUUUCCACCGCCCGCCCGGUGGAAACCGACCGGGCUGAUGGCGCCGUGUCGGUGCUACUGGCGCAUAUCGUCUCCACUCGUGGGACUGGCAAAGUCGUCAGUGACGCUGAUAUGGACUACCCCAAAGACUGGCGGACACGACAAGGGAAGUCUGCCGAGGUGGGCCAUCAGGAGACGGGGGGGCUGGUGGCGCUGCAUUCACUUGCUGUUUUGCCUGGACUUCAGGGAUGCGGGAUAGGCAAGAUGAUCAUGAAGGCGUAUUUGCAGCAGGUGAAGGGUAUGGGGCUGGGGGAGGGGGUGGGAUUGAUUUGCCAGGAUUAUCUGGUGGGAUAUUAUGAGAGGUUUGGGUACAAGAACCUGGGGCCAAGCAAGGCGCAGUUUGGGGGUGGGGGGUGGAAUGAUAUGGUGUUUGAUCUUUCUGGGAAACCAGAGUAG